AUGUGUUGUGCCGUGGAGAUAGCCGGGAGUGGCUGCCCUUCAAUAGCGGAUUUCGGUGAGGCCAGGCGUCAAUGCAGGACGCCGGAGUGGGUUUCUCGGCUGGCGAGCCUGCUUAACGUCGGCAUACGGACAGACGGGGCAUUGAACCUGUCUAGUCACGCGUCUCCGACAUUGAACCGGCGCGGAUACCAGAGACGGCGCCCUCGGCCGGCGCGCCGCUUCAGUGGUGGAGGCAGUGAGAGGUCAGCCGCCGCCCGCGAACGCCCAACCACCACUUCAUUUCCUUUCCCGCCCGCCCGCCCGUCCGCCGCCACCCCGCCGCCUCCACACCCCGUCCGCCGCCGCCCCGAUGCCGCCCGCAUCAGAUCCGACGCCGCCUUGCCCCCCGCCGCUGUUUCCACGCCGCCCCGCCACCCGCCCGCCGCGGAUCCCGCCCCGCCGCCCCCUCACCCGCCCGCCGUAGCUCCGUCCGCCACCGCCCCGCCCGCCCGCCGUAGCUCCGUCCGCCACCCCGCAGCUCCGCCCCGCCCGGCUCUGUCCCGCUCGGCUCCGUCCGCCACCGCCCCGCAGCUCCGCCCCGUCCGGCUCCGUCUGCCACCGCCCCGCACGCCGCCGCCGCCCUGCAGAUCCGCCCCGCCCGGCUCCGUCCGCCACCGCCCCGGCCGCACGCCGCCGCCGCUCCACCGCUCUCCGAUGGCGCCGAAGAAGACACCGAAGGGCAAGUCGGGCUUCUUCGGCGUGAGGCAGAAGCCCUCCGGUAACUGGGGUGUGGAGUUCUCCGACGCCGGAAGGCGUUGGUGGAUCGGCACGUACCCCUCCGCCAACGAGGCCGCACGUGCCUACGACGUGGCGGUGUGGCGUGCCGAGAGGCCUUGGUCGCACCUCAACUUCCCAGAGAUCGAGACUCGGGCGGAAGCGGAGAUGCUUGUGCUGCAGGGCAUCAACAUGAAGGAGAUCACGACGAAGAAGAAGAAGAAGACGAAGAAGCCGUCGGUUGUCGUCAGUGCUGGCGAGACAGACGAGGAGGCGAUGGCGAGGUUUGCUCGGGAGCAUCCGGAGUACGUCCAGGUCGAGCUGGAGUACUACUGGAAGCGUGAGGCGGAGCAGAAGAAGAAGGGGCCGAAGAAGGAGGACGAGGCCGGUCCCUCGACGGUGAUCCCCAUCGGGUCCUCUUCCGAGGAAGACUGGGCAGACUUCUCGGACGAGGAGGAGGAGGAGGAGGGGUGCGACGACCCGACGAAGGAGGAGUUCUGGGCGCAGUUCCGCAGCUCCGACGAUGAGGAGUAG